ACGCCCUAAACCCUAGUCGGUAAUUAAAAUAAAGAAAAAGGAAUCGGAAUCUUUUGAAAGACUGAGUCAGAAUCAACGGCUGUGAUCAUAUAUAAUACCACAAAAUCCCACUGGAUUCCCUACCUAAACCAAGCCUCCACUCUCAAUUCUCAAUUCUCUCCUCCAUUUUCUGUCACACAAACACACACAGUCCUGCACAGAGAGACAGAGAGAAAGAGAAGCCGCCAGCCCAGCCAUGUGUGGAAUUCUCGCCGUCUUCGGUUGCAUUGACAACUCUCAAGCCAAGCGCUCUCGCAUCAUCGAAUUGUCUCGCAGGUUGCGCCAUAGAGGUCCUGAUUGGAGUGGCUUGCAUUGUCAUGGAAACUGUUAUCUUGCUCAUCAACGAUUAGCUAUCGUAGACCCUACUUCCGGCGAUCAGCCACUAUACAACGAAGACAAGACCGUUGUUGUCACGGUUAAUGGUGAGAUAUAUAACCACAAACAAUUGAGAGAGAAGCUGAAGUCUCAUCAGUUCCGAACUGGAAGCGACUGUGAAGUGAUUGCCCAUCUUUAUGAAGAGUAUGGAGAAGAUUUUGUGGACAUGUUGGAUGGCAUGUUCUCCUUUGUUCUUCUUGACACCCGGGACAACAGUUUUAUUGCAGCUCGUGACGCUAUUGGUAUUACCCCACUAUAUAUCGGUUGGGGUCUUGAUGGAUCGGUAUGGUUUGCUUCAGAAAUGAAGGCUCUGAGUGAUGAUUGUGAAAGAUUCAUGUCUUUUCUCCCUGGGCAUCUAUAUUCCAGCAAACAGGGAGCACUUAGAAGAUGGUAUAACCCACCAUGGUUUUCAGAGCAGAUACCCUCAACUCCAUAUGAUCCCAUACUUCUACGUGAGACCUUUAAGAAGGCUGUGGUAAAGAGACUUAUGACAGAUGUACCAUUUGGUGUACUUUUGUCCGGAGGACUGGACUCCUCUCUUGUUGCUGCAGUGGCUAGCCGCCAUAUGGUAGAACUAGAAGCUGCUUGUCAGUGGGGAUCACAGUUGCACACCUUUUGCGUUGGUUUGAAGGGUUCUCCUGAUCUGAAAGCUGCCAGAGAGGUAGCAGAUUAUCUUGGAACUCGCCAUCAUGAGUUUCACUUCACUGUUCAGGAAGGCAUUGAUGCACUUGAGGAAGUCAUUUACCAUAUUGAAACAUAUGAUGUUACAACUAUCAGAGCUAGCACACCAAUGUUUCUCAUGUCUCGAAAAAUUAAAUCUUUGGGAGUGAAAAUGGUUCUUUCUGGGGAAGGUUCAGACGAAAUCUUUGGGGGUUACUUGUACUUCCACAAGGCGCCUAACAAGGAGGAGUUUCACCAAGAAACAUGUCAAAAGAUUAAAUCUCUUCAUCUGUAUGACUGCCUGAGGGCCAAUAAAUCAACUUCAGCUUGGGGUCUUGAAGCUCGUGUACCCUUUUUAGAUAAAGAAUUCAUCAACGUUGCUAUGAGCAUUGAUCCUGAGUGGAAAUUGAUCAGGCCUGAUCUUGGAAGAAUUGAAAAGUGGAUCCUACGCAAUGCAUUCGAUGAUGAACAUAAUCCAUAUUUGCCAAAGCACAUAUUAUACAGGCAGAAGGAACAGUUUAGUGAUGGUGUUGGGUACAGUUGGAUUGACGGCUUGAAGGAUCAUGCAAACAAACAAGUAACAGAUGCAAUGUUGACGAACGCAAGCUUUAUUUACCCUGAAAAUACUCCUGCCACAAAGGAAGCAUACUACUAUAGGUCUAUAUUUGAGAAGUUCUAUCCUAAGAAUGCUGCAAGGUCAACAGUUCCUGGAGGUCCUAGUGUAGCAUGCAGUACAGCAAAAGCUGUGGAAUGGGACGCUGCGUGGUCAAAAAAUCCUGACCCGUCUGGUCGUGCUGCCCUUGGUGUUCAUGCAGCUGCAUAUGAGGAAGAAGUGGAUGCCAAGGACGCCAAUCUGAUAAAUGGCUCCCCUCAAAAGCUACCAGAGAUUGUAGAGAAAGCUACAACGGUUGUUUGAUUGAGGACUUCCUCACUUUUUUAUUUGUCACAUCACUUGAAAUUUGUUCUUGACGGAUCCUGAUACAAAAGGCUUGUGGCUGUGAAGUUCCUGUCAUUUACAUCAAUUCGGCUCUCUCACAACUGUUUUGUAAUCAAUUUCUGGAUUGUUGGUUGCUAGGCUAUUAGAGUUCUGUACUUGUCUUUUCGCAGGUUUCUUGUGUAGACUUAGAUUACUCUAUCUUAACAAUUUUAAGCUUGGCAAUGUCAUGUGGUUGUGAAUGGAUGUUUAA